UUUUGUUUUUUUUUUUAUAACUUUGAGAGCCCUUCACUCCGAUUCGUAGAGAGUUUCCUAGAUACUACCAUUUCAUAUAUUUUUUUUGUAACCUUUUCUGUAUUUGUUGUAUUUGGCUUUCGUUAAUCCAAAUCCGUAAGUACCUUCUUUGUUGUUAUUGUUAUAUAUUAAUCUCUUUCUAAUUCUCUUCGUUAAGAUUCUCCUUUUUUUUCUUUCCUUCUUGCUUCUUCUUCUUCUUCAUUCUCCGUUGUUGAUUCAUUUUCAGAUCAGUGAUUCCUACCUACGGUUUUAUUUUUUUUUGAAAUUUCUCUGUUUUGUUUUUUGAGGUCAAAUUGAGUUUUUUUCCUCAUUUGGAAUCUGAAGAUCUGACAUUUGAAGCUACCAUUUCUUUUUCUUUUUGGCGAUUGAAUCUUGAUGCUUCAAUAAAGAAAAAUAUUUUUGUUUUGAGGUUGUUCUGAUUCCAUUUUUGACGAUCUCAAUAUCGAAAAUGGGAAUACUCUGAAUCGUCUUCUGAUUGAUUCUUUUUGUUUUCUUGAGAUUUCUCUAAAAGUCUCUCUCUCUCUCUCUCUCUUUGCAUUUCGUGUUUGGUUUUCGGAAUCUGUACCGGAGAAGAUGGUGGAAGAUCGGGCGUAUUUGAUAUCAAGGGUAUUCUCAAGUUCUCGUCUUUCUGAAUCGAAGUGGCCUUACAUGUUUCCAGAAGCAGAGGAUUCCUCUGACUCCAAGCUCACCAGUGGCGGCAAGAGAGCUGCUCUGGAUGAGCUCCAAGACGACGACCUCAGACAGAGCAAGUCUCUCAGAUUGAUGGGGUUGUCCGAAAUUCAUGGCAAUGUUUCGUCUGAUGAAGAACAACAAGACCAAGAACAAGAGUCUGAUUCUAACAAUGGUAAUAAUAAUGAUGGCGAUUCACUUAUCAACGAUAUUGGCAGGGACAAUUCGAUCAGCUGUUUGAUCCGUUGCUCCAGGUCUGGUUACGGCUCCAUUGCUUCCUUAAACCGGAGUUUCCGGUCUCUGGUUAAGUCCGGAGAGAUCUACAGACUCAGGAGGCAAAACCAGAUUGUUGAACAUUGGGUUUACUUCUCCUGCCAGCUCUUGGAAUGGGUUGCUUUCAAUCCUGUUGAAAGGAGAUGGAUGAGUCUGCCAACUAUGCCUUCAGGUGGUACCUUCAUGUGUACCGAUAAAGAAUCGUUAGCUGUUGGCACGGAUUUGCUUGUUUUAGGCAAAGAUGAUUACUCGUCCCAUGUUAUAUACAGAUAUAGUCUUUUGAAUAACUCUUGGUCAUCCGGUAUGAGGAUGAACUCGCCUAGGUGUUUGUUUGGCUCAGCGAGUCUUGGAGAGAUUGCAAUCUUCGCUGGUGGUUGUGACUCUCGUGGCAAAACCAGUGAUUCCGCUGAGAUUUAUAACUCCGAGCUUCAGACUUGGACUACACUUCCAAAGAUGAACAAACCGAGGAAGAUGUGUUCGGGUGUUUUCAUGGAUGGGAAGUUCUAUGUGAUUGGAGGGAUUGGCGGAAAAGACUCUAAAGUGCUUACUUGCGGUGAGGAGUUUGAUUUAGAGACGAAGAAAUGGACGGAGAUCCCGGAAAUGUCGCCUCCAAGGAGCCGGGAAAUGCCAGCAGCAGCAGAGGCGCCACCUCUUGUUGCGGUAGUGAAGAAUCAGUUGUAUGCUGCGGAUCAUGCUGACAUGGAAGUGAGGAAGUAUGAUAAGGAGAGGAAGAAAUGGUUUACAUUAGGGAGAUUGCCCGAGAGAGCGGACUCGGUUAACGGUUGGGGAUUAGCGUUUAGAGCUUGCGGCGAGCGGUUGAUUGUAAUUGGUGGUCCUAAGAGUUCAGGUGGAGGGUACAUUGAGCUGAAUUCUUGGAUACCAAGGAGUGAUCAAAGUCCUCCUCAAUGGACAUUGCUCGAUAGAAAACAUUCAUCGAACUUCGUAUACAAUUGUGCGGUGAUGGGUUGCUGAUCGAUCAUAAAAAUAAUAAGGUUUCAACAAUAAUUUUUCAGAUGAUUUUUAAGAUUCUCCUCUUCUUGUUGGAGGAGAUGUCCAAAUUUUCAGUCUUUUUUAUUUUAUUUUAAUUUUUCGUAUUUAUUAUAAAAGAAAUUUAUUUCAAUUCAAUUGGAUACAUAAUCAUCUUGGUGGUAUUGUAAGAUUCUUGAAAAGAAUAGAAACAGGUUUUUGUAAUAAGUUUGGUGGAGAAAGUUCAGAAUCAAGAGUUUUUAUUUUA